UUUUGGGUGUACCUGCCCAUCGUCAUAUGGAAUCCCUCACUUUCUUUCACAGCUACAAUGUCUUAAAACCAAGCUGUCAUUAUAAUUCAAAGCAUGCUAGGUACAUUUUUAAGAUUCUAUAUAAACAUAGACUGAGACCGGUACUGACCGUUUUGCUUUGUUCUCUCCUUUUCUUUCCGCCCUUUUUUUUCCAAUGAAAGUUUAGGAAAAUGAUCGAUAGUGUCUUUCUUUUCUUUUCUUUUCUUUUUUUUUUUUUGCCAGUCAACAAUAGAAUGCCAGGAACACAGUAAAAGCUUACCAGCAUCUUUCAGCAGGAUCAAGAAUUUAUUGAAAAAAGUAAAGUUAUGCGAAGAAAAUUUGCUGACGCCAAAAGAAAAGAAUAUGUAAGGAAAGAGGAAAAAAGAAUGGACAGAAAAUUCUGAUGCACCGUUCCUCGUUUUGUAGUUACCGACAGGGCAAUGCUUCUAGUUAAAAUUUUAAAACGAAGCCAAGAAUGGUGCCAUUUUUCGCACCACCGAAAGUGCAGUAAAACCCUCAGAAGCAUUAGAGCUUAACACAUACAGAGAUGAGAGAACACACAUCACGAAAUCUAAAAUGCGCAUUGACAAUCUACAGAGUUUAGUCCAUAAGCAUACAAAUAAGUUGACAGGCAAAUCUAUCAAACCGUACCUGAUUUGAGCGGACUUCGUCGACACGUUGGGGUUGAAGUGCAGCAACAUGACUGUCUUCUUGGCAGAAUACAUCAGAUUUCUGUUUUUUUUUUUUAAUAUUAUUUUAUGAAUUAGAGUUUCAAAGACGAAGGUUUGUAAUAAUGCCUUACCCAUGGGGGGAAGGAAAGGUUGUUCCUGUCCGGCCAACUGAAAGUCAUAUCUGACCUGUGUACUUUCGUAUUAUUUAGGAUCUGAUAGAACUAGCAGUGAACUCAUAAACAUUGAUCCAGCUGGCAUAGAUGAUUAUGGCUUAUGCUAAUAAUGAUUAUAAAAUAAAAAGUAGAUUCAAAGCCCAAGGAGCAAAGCUAGGCAUGGCAAUUCAAGUCACUUAAGCAAGCACAAAUAGGAAGCUUUCUCACCCAAAGAAGAUCCUUAACAGCAAGAAUUCCCCCUCGUCACAAAGCAAGGAAUCUCAGGAUUACUUCAACAAUGGCAUCCUCGAAUUUACCACCAUUCAUCAUCUUCAACACCAACAGCCAUGGAGAAGGCUGCUGGAGCAUCCUUUGCUUCUAUACUCAAAGGAUAUAUACUCGUACUUUCGUUGUCUCUCAUCCAAGGAAUACAAGGAAUUGGAGUUAACUACGGCACUGUAGCAAAUAAUCUUCCACCACCAUCUCAAGUUGCAAAGUUCCUGUCAGAAUCCACCAUCAUCAACCGUGUGAGACUCUUCGAUGCUAACCCAGAAAUUUUACGAGCAUUUGCUCAUACGGGGAUUGAAAUUUCCAUUACAGUCCCUAAUGAUCAAAUCCCCCACCUUACUAACCUAACAUUUGCCCAACAAUGGCUGAACACCAGUGUGCAACCUUUCGUCGCCGAUACCAACCUCAUCCGAAUCCUAGUAGGCAACGAAGUCAUAUCCACGGCAAACAAACUCCUAAUCAGCAACCUCGUCCCUGCCAUGCAAACUCUUCACACAGCCCUCAUCGAAUACUCCCUAGACCACCGCAUCAAAAUAUCGACGCCGAACUCGUUAGGCAUAUUGUCGAACUCGAGCCCACCUUCCACAAGUAGGUUCCGUCAAGGCUACGACGCCCAUGUGAUUAAACCGAUGCUUAGUUUUCUCGAGGCCACCAAUUCCCCCUUCAUGGUUAACCCUUACCCGUUCUUCGGUUGCACCGCCGAAACCCUUGAUUACGCACUUUUCCGGCCGAACACCGGCGUGGUAGAUCAAAAUACUGGGCUUAGAUACACGAACAUGCUAGAUGCUCAGCUCGAUGCUGUUUACUCGGCCAUGAAGGUUUUGGGCUUUGAGAACCUCGAUAUUAUUAUUACAGAAACGGGUUGGCCCACACUGGGUGAGGCCGAACAAGUUGGUGUGGACCCAAAUUCUGCUGCUGAGUUUAACGGCAAUCUCAUUCGCCACGUGUCUUCUGGUACCGGAACGCCUCUCAUGCCAAACCGAACAUUCGAUACGUACAUUUUUGCGCUUUUUGAUGAAAAUCUUAAAGCAGGUCCAAUUUGUGAGAGAAACUUUGGGCUCUUUAGGCCCAAUAUGACUCCCGCCUACGACGUCGGACUUAUCAAGAAUACGGUACGGGUGGAGGCCGCGACAGACGCUUCUUACAGAGUGUUUUUGCUAAACGUGGUUCUUUUGAACUUGAUAGGUUUGUGGGCUUGAAUCAGGCAAGUUUCAUUUUGCAAUGGGCCCAUAUGGAGGCCCAUUAUCUGUCCCCAAAAACAGAGGUUGACCCAGAAGCGGGAAAAACGCACAUAGGUUUUGUCUGUGGUCUGGGCUUAGAAUAUGGGCGGGGUCAAAGGUGGUGCGGACUUGCUUCGCUCCGGAUACUUUCAGAUCUCGUGAAUCAUGAGGCGUGUGCCGCGAAUGCUUACUGUCAGAAGAGUGAACGAAUGGGGUUGUGAUUUUGAACAUGUUGGACCCAUCAAUCACCACCGUCGAUCCAAGCGAGUGUUACAAUUAAUUUGGUGGUAUUUAAAGAUUUUUUUUCCCUGUAAUUGUAAAUAUUAUUAAGCAGGCUGUUGAUAUAGAAAUGAUAGGAUAAUGAAAGUGAACAUGCCUGUAA